CGAUGCGUGGGCGGAUCGAUUGAGCAUGGCAAGAGCGUGGCACGGACACAGUACUGUCGUCUUCGUUCGUGUCGGUCACUCCCUGGGCCCACCACCACACGGUCGUCACAUCUGAGACUUCGACCACAGCGAUACAGUACUAGGUUACACACCAUGGACGUGAACAUUUCCGAGUCGAAUCGCGAUGCUCGCCCGGACUCUUCAUCGCAGACCCGCCAGUCAAUCUACGACGGCAUCGCGUACCAUGAUCGCUGCAUCAGCGACCUCAGGGCCCGCCUCAAUACCCUCGUACCCAUCUCCAGGCUUCCCGUGGAGGUCCUCAGCGAGAUAUUCUUGCAUACGGCUGCGGUGCGUCUCUACGUGCCCGGGCGGGAUCACGACCUACAUCCGUACCACUGGCUUCAAGUGACUCGGAUGUGCAGGCAUUGGCGAGCCGUUGCGCUGAGCUGCACAGCACUCUGGAGCCGUUUGACGAUCACGGACCAGAGCGAAGGCCUGCCAGUCCGCUGUUUCUGGAACGGUCCCGGAAGGCACCGCUCAUAGUAUCCGUGACCUGGGGCGAUGCCGAUCACUUUUCGUGUCUGUCGGACCCGGAGGUCCAGGAAAAGGCUGUCGAUCUGAUCCUCUCGCACUUGCCACGAAUAC